AUGUCUUUAUUCGGCGAACCCAAAAUAGUUUCACUACUACUCUCUAACAAUGUUGACACGUCUAGAAAGCAGCAGCUAUUUCUCAAGCACCCUGACAAUGACGUUCUGAGAUCGCAAAUUGGAGAACCUAUUUUUGAAGUUGGGCUGAUGAUUGUGUUCUCCGUCGAUGACAGCUUCCUUACCACACGUGAUCACUUUGACCUUGCAGCAGUUCUUCCUAUAAUAGUGACUGCAAAGCCAAUUAGUCUUGCCUGGGGUGCGUCGAUAGAACAGUUUUGCAACGUUUCUGAUUUAGCAACUCAAGCUAUCGUGUCUAACGAUAGUAACUCUUUGCGAAUGAAGUUGGGAGGUAUCCAGUCUCUUGGGCAGAUGAGUGUGUCGUCCGUAUAUCUGCACCUCCCUUCCGGAGGUGAUCAACCUAACUUUGCACCGAUCGUUAUCGUGCUUCUUGUUGAAGUAGUUGUUGCAGAGCCAUUGUGUCUGGUUCGGUCCCUUUCUGUAAAUCAGGAACUCGUGUUCGUCCAAGAUGAUUUUCGGGUUCUUCAUGCCUGA